AUGCUUUGGAUGGCGCCUUUCAACUUUCUGAUCUCUUCACUCCUCACCUUCCCCCUCCUACUCACGGUGGCAGAGAUCAUACCUCUGGUAGGAAGAUCGCCAAUUUCCGCCACUCAUUUCAAGAGACAGCAGUUGGAAGGAGGGUUUGGGAACGGGAGCGUGGCGGUAUUUAAUAAAGGCAAUUUGCAGUAUUCGUGCAAUAUUACGCUUGCAGGACGUGAAUACAAUGUUAUUGUGGAUACUGGAAGUAACGAUCUUUGGGUGAAAGGCGCACCACCUGUCACCAAGGCCCUCGGCGUCUCCGCGACGCUCGCCUAUAGCAUAGGAACGGUGUCUGGAUCAAUCAAUACCGCCAACCUUGCAUUCGAUACGUUCCAAGUUCCCAAUCAAGCUUACCUCCUUGCCAGCAAAUCCACAGACCUUGAUUUCCCCGAGGGAAAUGGGAUGUUGGGCAUAGGUCCUAGCAAUUCGUCAGAUAUCCUCAGCAAGCUGAACGGUACAGGAACGGAUGGUCUUCCCCUUUUGGAUCGUAUAUUCCGGCAAAACAUGAACACCCCGAAUUUUAUAACGCUUUUACUUUCACGGUCGCAGGAUGAUAAGAUCUCGAGAGUCCCGCUACUCGAUAACCACCCGGGACUUUUGACAAUUGGAGAGCCGGUGCCCCAGUAUGAGGAGAUCUUGAAUAUGCCUAAGCUCAAAGUUCCUAUUGACCCUCUUGGCCAGCAGCACUGGCAGACUGUCCUAGAUUCUAAUGGCAUCAUUGGACCCGAUGGCAAGCCGAUUCAGACUAAUACAGGCGUACCAGAGCCGCGCGACGGGAAACCGGAUCAACUCCAGGUCGUAUUCGAUUCUGGGUUUUCUCUUCCUCAGAUCUCAGGUCCGAUCCUUGAUGCUAUUUAUGGGAAAGUUCCAGGCGCGAAAUUCAUCGAAUCCGAAGGUCUCUACAGUAUUCCGUGCGAAUAUGAAUUGAACAUUACCUUCCUCUUCAGUGGCAAGGAAUAUCCGAUUGCUCCGCUCGACUUGUCGAUCAAUGCAACGUUGGACGAUGGCACCCAAGGAUGCUUCUCACAUUUCCAAAAAGCACCGGAUGACAUUAGAAAAUUCGGUGCAAUAGAUGCCAUCUUGGGAAUGGCUUUUCUACGGAACACUUACGUGCUCAUCAACUUUGGAGAUUUUGUGGGCGGAUCCGAUCGAAGUGUUGCUGAUCCUUACAUCCAACUACUUUCGACCGUAAACAAGACCGCCGCACAUCUUGACUUUGUGAACGCUCGCCUUGGCGGGAAAGACACCACCGGAUCCCAAGCGCCUCUCACCGGUUCGACUGGGAAUGGAAACGGAAAUGGAAACAAUAACGGUAGCGUCCCUGGCAAGAACAACGGGACAAGGAGGAACAGUGGUUUGGUAGGAGGAUGGUGGUUUGCAAUUUGCGUUAUUCUUGGUAUUGUAGCUGGAAUUUGA